AUGCUCUCGCAUAACCGUAUAAGCUGUCUCUCAAAAGGAGCAUUUGAUGGACUUGGACUUUUAAGAAUUUUAUCGCUUCAAUCAAAUCUAAUUUCUAAAUUACCGGAAGUUGUAUUUUCCAAAUUUGUAUUAGAAACUCAACAAACACUUAGCCAUGUGUCCUUGGGGGAUAACCCUUUAUUGUGUGAUUGUGGAAUGAAUUGGGCUAUUAAAUGGUUGAGAUCUAAAUUUUUAGAGCCUGGUAUUGCCCGAUGUUCUGACCCUCCAGAAAGACGGCAUCAACUUUUAUUAAGUGUGCAACCCUAUGCGCCUUGUCCAACCUUAAAUAAUACAAAUAUUAAUGAGGAUUUAUGUAAUUUUUGUUCUCCAGAGAAGUGUUUAAAUGAUGGUCAUUGUGUGGUGGAUGAAGAAAAUGGAGAAAAUUUUCCCUUUCAAUAUAAAUGUAUUUGUUCGCCCGGUUUUUACGGAAAACAUUGUGAACAUCAAGUAGAUUCCUGCUUUGGAAAUCCUUGCAGAAAUGGGGGGAAAUGUAUAGUUAAGAUGGGAGAUAAUAAAUUAAUGUAUGAAGGAAGGUUUAACUGUAUUUGUUUACGUGGAUUUGCUGGGGAAAGAUGUGAGAGACAAAUUAAUGAAUGUCUUAAUGGUUAUCGUUGUGAAUGUCCAAAAGGGUGGUUUGGUAAUUAUUGUGAAUUUAAUUUGUGUGAUUCUUUGUCUCAAAACAAUAAUUGUUCUAAAGAGGAUAAUGUUAAAUCAUCAUUUUUAAGUGUUAGUAGAAUGGAGAGGGCAAAUAAUGAUGGGAAAAGGGUUUCCAAACGAAAUUUUUGUCCUUUCAAUUAUGCCGACCCUCCAAAAUGUAGUCGUAGAAGGGCUAUAGCGAUCAAGACAACCAACACAUUUUUAUCUCUUGGCCAAUGGCCUAUUAAUAAUUUUAAUAAUUCUGUAAUAAAUGGAGAAAUAUCUUUUCAUUUUGCAACAAAUCAGAGUGAUGGAACAAUGUUUUGGUUAGGUGAUAAAAACGAUGAUUCAUUUAUACUUCUUGAAUUAGUGCGUGGGCGUUUAAGAGCAGCUGUUCAACUAGGAAAGGGGCACGAGCCUUAUUCCCAAUUAUAUUCUAUGAAUAUUGGUAAAUUAAUUUUUUCCGGAAGUUUAAUAUUAAACCGGAAAACAAUUUUACAAAUUGUAAAAUAA